AUGGUACUGAUGGAAGAUAUGCAAAACAAAGAUGGCCAUAAUACUGUAGAAAACAGUAGUGGUGGUACGGACAGUAAUAAUAAUAUUCAAAUGAGGCGAAUGAGGAAGACACAGCUGUCCAAGAAGGAGCUUUUUGAGAAGAGGAAAUCUGACGUGUUAAUUGCUGCCAAGUCUUUAGAUACAGAAAUUCAGAAUGUGAAAAAUUUGAAGCGAUUGUCGAUUGGUUCAAUGGAUUUGGUAAUUGACCCUGAGCUAGAGUUCAAAGUGAACAGUAGAAACUCAUAUUCUUCAGAUUCCUCAAAGGAAUCCCUUCAAGAAUCGCUCCAUGAAGAGAACAUUAUACGAUCAGAACAAAAGGAAGAACAAGGGAGCGAAGACAAUGAUGCAUAUGAAGAGGGCGAUGCUACUAAUGUCGACGACAGUAUAGAUAUCACUCAAACAGAGUAUUUGCAUGAUGAAGAAACAUUGGAGAAGGAAAAAAUCAUCCGUAAUGCUUCUUCAUCCACUUCAUCUUCAGCAAGAGUAACGUCGAGGAACAGAAGGCUCAGUGGAGUAAAGACAUUGGCUCACGAUGUUGUAUUGGAUGUGGAGAACGACCACGAUUCAAAAAUGGUUGAUUUAACUCAAAACCUUUUGUGGGUGCCCGCUGACCAACAUCCUAACGUUAAGCCCGAAAACUAUUUGGAAUUGAUCCAGGACACUUUACAAAACAUUCAAAUAAGCACAAAUCAAGACAUUGAUGAAAACAAAUUAGAACUGGGUAACAAUCAUGUAAUUUCGAAUAGAAAACGCACGGGCUCUGUAGUUAGAAGGCCUUCUCGGUUGAAGACAUCUUAUACCAAGUUUGAUGACGAACCUCCCCUUGCAGACAAACCACAAGAAGGAGAAAUACAAGUGGAUAAGCGAAUAUCCUCAUCUGACAUCAAAACCAUAAGAUCUGUAUCUUUGAAAGAAAUUACUGAAGAGCUUACUAAGAUUUCCAAUAAUGCCGGUUUAACGGACUCAGAUGCGGUGACUUUAGCCAGAAGCUUGAGCAUGUCAGGGUCAUUUACCAACGAAAGUCUUCAUUUGAACGGCAAUCACACUGAAAAUGAUAACGAAUUUGCAUCAAAUAUGUUUAAUGAAACUGGACUUACCAUACCAGAGAGAUCUUCUCUAAGGAGGUCUAAAUUCAACACAUAUAAGAUCAGACUAGAGGGUAGUAGCCUUCCACAGGCGGUAAAACUCAAUAGCCUAAUGAAUAUACAAACUAAUGACAAUCGCAGAAGUGCAUCAUCGCCUGCCUCCUACACACAAGUGCCUCAGGAGCAAGCAUCAUUGAAUGAUUUUCACGAGAUUUUCGACCAUUACAGAAGAACAAGUACUGAUUGGAGUACCGAAAAUGAGAAAUACGUUGAUAGCACCAACUACUAUUCGGAUGAAGAAGAUUUGACACAUGCAUCUAUUUCUCAAGAGAGCAGUCUUUUAUCUACAGAUAGUUCUAACAACAGCGUUUUAAUAAAGCCGCAUAACACUGGUUCGAUGAUUUCUGAAAAAUUGGAUCAGCACGUUAGCUCGAGUGAAAAAUCAAAUACCAAUAACAGCGAAGCAAAUCAUGGCUGGUCAUGGUUGAAUUCUAGCAAUGGAAGUUUGAACGCUAAUGAACAAACUUAUCAACAGCUUACAGAUGAUGAAGACGAUGAAGAAUGUGUGGACAAUGAAAAAGCUGACUUUGUUAACUUGAGUGUAUCGAGGAGAGCGAAAUCUACCAAACGUGCCUCUGAAAGAAUAAACCAUUCCAAAAAUAGACAUUCGCCAAUUUUCCAGAUACAUUCUGAAGAAGCAAAAUCCGUGGUAAUCACUCCUUCAGUCGUUUCUUCAUCUGAAUCCCAGCCAUCUAAGCCUACUGCACCGGCAGUCGUGGAGAAAAAGGUAGAACUGCCUACUGACACCCAAGCCAGUACACAUAAGAAAAAUUCCUUGGAGAAAAGGCUUGCCAAAUUAUUCAAAAGAAAACAACAUAAUGGUACCUGCAAAUCAGAUGUGAAAGUAAUCAAAAAAAGUGUUAAAAAAGAACUGAAAAAGAAGGCUUCGCAUUCGAGUUUAUCAAAAUUCAGGAAAAGUCCCAAGAAAAAGCCCCAAGAAGCGGAAGUUGAACGCCCUUCAUCCCCCACCAAAACAAUUACCACCGAAGAUAUAGAUACAGCAAGCGUCAUUGAACCAGAAGUGAGAAGUUCAAAUGCUUCCACCCUUCUUCCUGACAGCCAUACUAGCCACAGUUCUGAAUUUGUGGUGGAAACUAUAAGCGAGUUAGAUGGCGACGAUUCAUUUGAUAUUAGUGGUGGUGAUGUAAACUACGACGUCGAAGUGCACUCUAGUAUCAGUAGAGAUACGACAGCUGGACUAGAAGAGGAUAUAGGAGCAGAGAGAGAAGACAACACUUCACCUACUGCCCCUCAAAUCUCAACUUUGCCUCCAAGAAAAUUGACAUUUGAAGAUGUCGUUAAACCAGAUUACUCAAACGCUCCAAUAAAAUUCACAGACAGUGCUUUUGGAUUCCCAUUACCAAUGAUAACCAACUCUACAGUGAUUAUGUUUGACCAUCGUCUAGGAAUUAAUGUUGAAAGGGCUAUUUACAGACUCAGCCAUCUGAAGCUUAGCGAUCCCGGGAGGGAAUUAAGACAACAAGUAUUGCUAAGUAACUUCAUGUACUCCUACUUGAAUUUAGUCAAUCAUACCUUAUACAUGGAGCAGGUGGGCACUGGAGAUAUAGCCUUCAAUGGUGAUUCUGCCUUGGGAAUGAUGGACAAAAAUGAUUCUGAUGGCACAAUCUUAAUUCCAGACAUUUAA